CUCCCGCUAGAAUCAACAGUAAAUUUGACAAAAAAUUCUGGGAAACUGAAAACCACCAAGAAACCGAAGCAGAUGUGAUAGCUCGCCAAUUAAAUUUGCCGACAGAGUUUGUUGAAGCGGCUCAGAAAAAUAGCCCAGAUUUGUUUUCGGAGGCAGAAACUACUCCAAAACCUAAUGAAGAAGAGUUAAAGUACGACGAACUUCUAGAAUCUAUGGUGGAGCUGGCAAAAACGUACGAAUCACAGCCUCCAAAUGAGCCGAUUGUUACAAAGAGUUAUGUGUCUGAGUUGGGAGGUGAGGCAUUUUUGGGUGAGAAAACUGGAGAGGUUACUAAAUUUGAUGGAGCUACUGAGGCAGAGAUCCCGGUAAGGGAUACAGAGCAGAUGGAGGACAAAAAUUUCGAAUUUGAUAUAAUAGAAACACCUGUAGCUCUACAACAACAACAGGAAGUACCUGAAGUUGUUGUACAACAACAGGAAGCUACUGUUGUUGAAGACAAGAAACCAGAAUCUGAAAUUGUUGAGACACCGACGGCAUCAACAUCUUUCUGGGACAAAAUGCGGAACAAAUUGAAGAAAUCGAUUAGUGCCACUAAGGGAGAAAUCGCAGAAGUCUCAGAUUCGAUCACUAGUAGGGUACAGCAAUCGGUUCCUGAACUUCAGUCAUUGUAAUAAUUUGUUUUCCAUGGUACUGAAUUUUGAUUACCAUUCCAGUAUUUUGUUUUGUUCUUCAACUGCUUAUGUCAACCUUUAAAGUUUUGUAUUGUUUUGAAAAAUUUCUUAUAUCAGCAUUCAAAGUUUAUAAUUAUUUUGUAAUAUUUGUUUGGUUGUCAACCUUCAAAGUUUUGUAUCAUUUUGAAAAAUGUGUUAUGUCAACAUUCAAA